CACACACACACACACAUACACACACACACACAGACAGACAGACAGACAUAGAGAUACACAGACACACGUUCUGUUCGAGGUGUCUGUGGUACGUCAUGACGCAGCGGGGGAGGGACGUGGCCUCACCUGCCGCCCAGGUGAAUAUAUCUGCGCCAUCAGAAGCAGGAAGUGCUUUAGUUCCGUGUUGUCUCGUCUAGUUGAUGUCCAAGAUGAUGCCGCGCGUGUCUCUGCUGUUACUCUGCCUCCUGCUCGCUACCGGGCCGGCUCUGGCUCGGGACUGCGCCUGGGACCCGGAUGUAGACCCGGACCAGGCUCUGGACCCGGUGUCCCUGGCCUCCGGGCUGCUGCAGGGCCAGAACAACACUGUGGAGGGAUCGGACCCGCGGCUGUGCCGCGAGGCCUGCUGUCAGACCGCGGGCUGCGACCUGGCGCUGCUCGGCUUCCCCAUGGACGGACUGCCGCAGUGCAUGCUGGUUCAGUGCGUGCGCCAGGGCCGUGACAUGUGCGUGUAUCGACCCAGCACGCAGUUCAAGAUUUACCGCAAGAAAGUUCCGACAGACGCCGAGACAAAGAACCAGGAGGGCGGGGAGGAACUGCGCGUCGUCCCGCUGGUGGUGCUGGGAGAAACCAACCAGACAGACACCAUCCGGUGCCGGUUGCCGAUGAAGGUGGGUUCGUGCCGUGCAGCCUUCCCCAGGUUCUACUACGAUGUGACCAAUCAGAGCUGUCGAGGCUUCACCUACGGAGGCUGUGACGCCAACCAAAACCACUUUGAGUCCAGGGAGGAGUGUGAGGCUAGCUGCAGCGGAGUCACAGGUUCAGUUCUUCCCGAUGAGUCAACCCCUGCUCCUGAUCUUCCUCCCAAAGCUCGGCGCCUGGCCCCCUUCGACUCCAUGUCUGAUAAAGGUGUUGAGUCUGAAGCAGAUCCAGAGGCUAAGAAGACAGAAAAGGCCGCCGAUGACUUCGCUGAGCGCUGCGGGGCGGAGCCUGAUGGCGGUAACUGCAGAGCGGCGUUUAAGCACUGGUACUACAACAGCAAGACGGGAAGCUGUCAGACCUUCCUGUACGGAGGCUGCCAAGGAAAUAAGAACAACUACUUCACCGAGAAGGAGUGCAUCGCUGCCUGCACAGUCAAAGUGCUUCCCUCCUCCAAGAAAGAUGCUGCUGAUGAAGUUUUUGCAGAAUACAGAGAUAGCUGCAUGGUGACCUCUGACCCCGGGCCCUGCCGUGCUGCAUUCACCAUGUUCUACUACGACGCCAGCACCUCCUCCUGCCAGAUGUUCACGUAUGGAGGUUGUCGCGGCAACAACAACCGCUACGGCAGCGCAGAGGAGUGCCUGAGCCGCUGCAGCGACGCUUCCUUUGACGCUCAUGGAAACCCUCGCAAACACCUGACUACAGGUGAGUUUCUCCUCAGAUAGUAACACGUGACUACAGGUGAGUUUCUCCUCAGAUAGUAACACCUGACUACAGGUGAGUUUCUCCUCAGAUAGUAACACCUGACUACAGGUGAGUUUCUCCUCAGA